AUGGCCUAUGCUGGCUUGGUAUGUGCCCUGCCAUUGUUGCAAUAAGCUUACAAGAUCAUGGUGUAAGCCACGGGGUACUUGGGGAAUGGUCCUAACGCCAUGUAUAAGGAGCUGAUGCACAGGGCUUAUUUGUCACAGCAUCUCACAACUGGAACUCAGUGGAGAGCCGACUUGAAAAUUUCAGCAUGUGGUCUGUUACUGCGAUAAUCACUGCCACGCUUUUCGCGCAGGUGGCAAUAGGUCAACCUCCGAAUGACUCCCACUUUUCAGAUGUCGACAUCGACACUGUGGCUUCAGGGAUCUUGGGCAACCGAGGACCAUCCACCAAACCAACAUCGCGUUGCAAAGCCUUCCCCGGAGAAACCGCGUGGCCAUCUGUUUCGGAUUGGGCCAGUUUGAAUCGCACUCUAGGUGGGGUUUUGCUCAACCCUUCCCCCCCAGCCUCGGUGUGCUAUCCGACUUCAGCAAGCUUCAACACCACGGCAUGCAACUUUUUGUUUAAUGGUGCUAGUCAAAGCACUUUCUGGUUUGAUGAUCCGGUCACUGUUCAAGGGACCUGGCCUCAGGGUUUGACAUGCCCCCUCGUGAGGAACCCUCAAGCUAAUGCCACCUGUACGAGGGGAGGUUAUCCUGUUUACGUGGUCAAUGCUACACAACCAAAGCAUGUUCAGUCAGCGGUGAAUUUUGCAAGAGAAAGGAACGUUCGGCUGAUAAUCAAAAACACGGGUCAUGACUUUCUUGCUCGCAACAUCGGUGCGGGAUCUCUGAGCAUCUGGACCCAUAAUCUGAAAGGUUUUGAGUUCAUAUCAGAUUAUAAGCAACCCGGAGGACGUUACCGAGGUCCUGCUGCGUGGGUUGGCGCUGGACUACAGGUCUAUGACGCGUUUAGAUAUGCACUGGCGCACAACAUCACUCUACCUGCUGCUUCUUGUCUAACAAUUGGGUCUUACGGAGGUUGGAUAUCGGGUGGAGGCCACUCCCCUUUAUCAUCCAAGUAUGGCCUAGGAGUAGACCAGGUUUUGGAGCUCAAGGUUGUGACGGCCGACGGAAAAUAUGUUACGGCAAACCCGACCAAAAACGAGGAUCUGUUCUUUGCUUUGCGAGGUGGUGGAGGCAGCACAUAUGGAGUGAUAACCUCGGCCAUUGUGAAAGCCCAUCCUGCCAUCAAUCUGACCAUCGCGUCCUUCAACUUCAAUCUUGGCAACACACCUUCUUCGAGCCCAUCCUCAAAUCCAACCAUUACCAACAGCACUGCGUUUUGGCUAGGCUUCAACGCUAUCUUUGCUUUUGCAAUUCCUGUUGUAGAUGCAGGGGGUUAUCUCUGGACAAAUGGACUGCCUUCUGGUCCUGGAUUCGCCAUGCAAAUCCAGGUGCAGAUGCCGGGCUUGUCUCCAGGUGAAGCACUUGCUUUUACUCAACCUCUCCUGGAUGAGCUGAACGGCCUUGGGAUACCUGUUGCAAACAUCACCGUCCGCACUCAGGUUUACAGCAGCCAAUCGUCGACCGGAGCAGGCGGUGCUCCGGGUGCAGGUGGAUAUUUUGCUUCUCGUCUGUUCCCGCGGGCGGCAUACGUUGAUCCUGUCCUAUUCUCCAAAGCCAUGAACGCCUCACGAGUACUGGUUGAAGCGGGGUAUACGUUUCAUGGACUCAACAUGGCUCCCACGCUCGAAGCAGCAGGCCACCCUUACCCAGCAGGCGUCAACCCCGUAUGGAGAGAAAGUGUCAUGCACGCUGACAUAUUCGGAUUCAGCAAGCUCAAUCUUGGAACAGCCACUGAUGAGCAGGUCAUUGCAGCCCAACUUGCUCUAACACAACUGAUGGAGCCCCUCAAGGCGGCAACGCCAGGGGGAGGGAGCUACCUCAACGAAGGGGAUCCUCAUGAGCCGAACUGGCAACAGUCAUUCUAUGGGGACAAUUAUUCAAAGCUUGUCAGGGUGAAGAAGACUCGAGAUCCUUGGGGUGUAUUUUGGGCGCCGACCACCCCGGGAAGUGAAGAGUGGAAGAUUGAGGGAGAAGGGGGGCUUUUGUGGAGGCAGAAUGGUCGACUUUGUAAAGUGUAA